AUGACUGCCGACGGAGACUCAGCGAGAGGCCUGAGUAGCUCCGCCGCCUGGAACCCAUUAUGGUCUGCUCAUCGUAUGCUGCAUGCCUUGAAGCCUACACUUCUCCGAAACACCGUCCAUCCCGCCAAGAUCACAAGCACAUCCUGGAUGGAUGGACUCCGUGGCAUCUGCGCUGUCAUCGUGGUCAACUUCCAUUUCCUCUUCACAUUCUCGCCUCUCCCGACUCUAGGCUAUCGGACACCGACGCACCUGACAGCCAGCGACCACAUUGCAGCAUUGCCGCCAUUCUGCUUGCUCUGGGACGGUGCCAGCUGCGUCAAUGUCUUCUUCGCCAUAGCUGGAUAUGUGUGCUCUUUCAAGGCUCUUCAACUCAUGCAGUCUGGGACAGCAUGUCACGCGUCGCUGCUUCAAUCUCUGUCGUCGAGCGUAUUUCGUCGGGCUUUCCGGCUGUAUCUCCCUACGCUCGCCAUGACGUUGAUAACAGCAUUGCUGGCUUACAUGAAUGGCUUCACUCUGACCGACAUCAUGUUUGCCAAUCGCAAGACUUGGUUUCGGGGAGUUUCUUCCGAAGUAAAUGUCCCACGCCACGAUACGUUAUGGGGCCAAGUAAGCUUUUGGGCAUCUGAAGUUUGGCAUUUGAUGAAUCUAUGGGAGUUCAAGCCUGUAUACCCGGUCCAUGAUCCGCAUCUCUGGACGAUUGCAUACGAAUACCGGAUGAGCUUGCAUUUGUACAUGGUACUAAUCGCCCUGGCGACUUGCAGGCCGCAUGUACGGAUGGCAUUGCUGUGUACCUUGGCCACUAUCUACCCAGCUUGGCAUCGGUGGGAAGGCAUGCUGUUUUUUGCCGGAGCUGCAUGUGCGCAAUGGGAUGUACUACGAAUGAGCAAUAGUCACGGAGGACAUGCUACAGCAAAGCAAGGCGUGCUAGAGGAGCUGCUUCCAAUCAAGGAGGGCUCGCUCGCAUUGUCGCCUGGAGCACCUCAGCGAUCGCGACUACUGCAGCCACCACGAAUGACUCGGACCUCAUUGCAUCGUACUGCAGCCUACAUUUCUGCCAUGUAUCUCAUGUCAUAUCCAGUCUCGGAGUUUAAGAACCCUUCUCCAGGAUAUGCUUGGAUCAACACCCUUAUACCAUCUGGAUAUGUACACCGCGAGAACAAAUUCCCCAAGUCCAUUGGAGUGUUGAUCUUACUAUAUCUUCUCAGAGAUGGUGCCAAAGGGGGAAAGCCAGGUGUAUGGCGUAGCAUGCUCGAAAGCGAUCUGGCGCUCUAUCUCGGCCGGAUAUCUUUUGCAUUGUACUUGGUACAUGCGACAAUACUUCACGCGAUAGGUUACGCAAUACCCCACUGGGUCUGGAGCUCGAUCGGAGGAUCAGAGGGAAUGAGUCGAUGGAUGAUCGGAAUCACUGUGGGUUGGACUGCAAGCCUCGUGCUAUGCCUAUACUUCGCAGAUCUUUUCCACCGAGAAAUAGAGCUUAGAUGUGUACGAUGCGUCAAAUGGUUGGAAGAUAGGUGCAAAGCGACAGAAUAG